UUGCGAUAUUUCGCUUUACGGCUGGUAAAGUUGAAGCCGUUUAAUGGCGUUAUAAAGUUGUGCGUUCAGAUGAAAUUGAGGGAGCGGUUGUUUUGAUAAAGAUAGGAUAUUCAAAAAAAGUUCGCUAAGUGACUCGGGAAUUGUAGUCCACGUGAACGUUUCCCAGUGAGUAAAGAUCCGUUGGCGGGACUACAUUUCCCAUCACGCCGCGGUAUAUGUCGCUUGCUCCGCCUUGUCUCCCGUCGAAAGCAUUCCGGAAAGCUUCAGACAUGGCUCCGUCAACUCCUGGCCCCGUCCAGGUAGUUAUAGUGCAAAAAGAAGACCACUCAUUCCAGCUGGACGAGGAGGCACUUGCCUCUGUGCUUCUUCAGGACCAUAUUCGGGAUCUGGAUGUUGUUGUAGUAUCCGUGGCUGGUGCAUUCAGAAAAGGGAAAUCUUUCCUGCUCGACUUCUUGCUGAGAUAUGUAUACAGCCAGAAAGAUGCUGGUUCAAAGACCUGGCUGGGGGAGGAGGAUGAGCCUCUUACUGGAUUUUCUUGGAAAGGGGGUUCUGAACCUGACACAACUGGUAUCCAAAUCUGGAGUGAGGUGUUCACCAUGAAGAAACCGGAUGGUAAGGAGGUUGCCGUGGUCCUGAUGGACACACAAGGUGCAUUUGACAGUCAGUCUACAGUAAAGGACUGUGCUACCAUUUUUGCUCUGAGUACCAUGACAAGUUCCAUCCAGAUUUACAACUUAUCCCAGAACAUACAAGAGGAUGAUCUCCAACAACUUCAGCUCUUUACUGAAUAUGGACGAUUGGCAAUGGAUGAGAUAUUCCUGAAGCCAUUUCAAACCUUGAUGUUUUUGGUUCGUGAUUGGAGCUUUCCCUAUGAAUAUCCAUAUGGAGCUGAAGGAGGUGAGAAGUUUCUAGAAAAGCGAUUGCGGGUAAAGGAACAUCAGCAUGAAGAGAUCCAGAAUGUCCGUAAACACAUUCACUCCUGUUUCACAAGUGUCAGCUGUUUUCUUCUUCCACAUCCUGGGCUCAAGGUUGCAACUAGUCCUCAGUUUGAUGGGCGUCUUAAAGAUAUUGCCCCAGAGUUCACAGAGCAGCUCAGCGCUCUGGUUCCCCUUGUCCUUGGACCAAAAAGUCUGAUGGAAAAAGAGAUAAAUGGUUCAAAAGUAACCUGCAGAGGAUUACUGGAGUAUUUUAAGGCCUACAUAAAGAUUUAUCAAGGUGAAGAUUUACCCCAUCCCAAAUCCAUGCUGCAGGCAACUGCAGAGGCCAAUAACCUGGCAGCUGUAGCUUCAGCUAAGGAUUUAUACAACAGCAGCAUGGAGAAGAUUUGUGGAGGGGAGAAGCCAUAUGUGUCUCCUGAUGUCCUGCGAGAUCGUGACGCUGUUUGCAAAGAGGAGGCGCUGUCUUCUUUUGACCGUGCAAAGAAAAUGGGAGGAGUAGAGUUCAGUCGGCAAUACAGAGAAGAGUUGGAAAAGGACCUGGAGGAAGUGUAUUCUGCCUUCUGCAAGCACAAUGAAAGCAAGAACAUCUUCACGGCUUUUCGCACUCCAGCUGUGCUACUAGCCAUGGUGGUAGCAUUAUACAUGGCCUCUGGUAUCACAGGUUUCGUGGGGUUAGGCGUGGUGGCUCAGCUGUUAAACUGUGCAAUGGGAUUGAUGCUCAUUGCACUCCUGUCUUGGGGCUACAUCAAGUAUUCUGGACAGUACAGAGACCUUGGAAAAGUCAUAGACACCAGUGCAGAUUAUGUUCUAGACCAGGCUACAAGCCGCUUGGGCAACUCCACUCGUCGUUUUACAGAGCCGGCAGUAGGCUCUCCGCCAGAGAGGAAGAAGCAGAAGUAGAUGCAGAGCUGAGUAAGUGACAUUUUUCCUGCCUCCAGCCCUUGUCACCAUCUUCAUCCACAGCCAUUCCAGCGAUGCCACCUGAGAUAUGACAGCAGUGCCUUUCUGUACUCUUUCCUACCUUCAUCAGCAGACCUAUCUAUACAUUCCCUACUUACUAUAGAUAGAUCUUGUUUUGUUUUAUCCUCCUAUAGGGAACCACAGUAUGUUGUACUAUAUGCCCUGCACUUUAACACAUCAGCUACUACAGCCUGAGCUCAGAUAAUGGUAUUGAAAAGAAAGUAUUGCUGAAAGUAUUCGCAGUGCCCAGUAUAUUCUUUUAUGCAGUAAAGCUGACAUUUCUUUUUUUUUUUUUAGUACUGAAAAUAUAUUUUGUUGCAGAUGGGACAGGUCACACUUAGGUGCCAUACCUGCUUCAGCAUUAUAUCUGUGCAUUUGUUACAUCCUUGUAUGAUAUCUACAAUAUUAUAUAUAUGUCUGAGAAAAGCAAAAUUCUAUAUAUUCAUAUUGUAUUGAGCUUACGUAGUUGUUACACUUAGUUUACUUGAGGAGCUGCUUUUUAUUCCAUGGUUUAUAUUGUUACCAUUUUUGGAGGGGCCUUAUUUCAAUCCUUCAUAGUGCCUUACAUUCUUUAAAGUUUAAGAAUCUAAAAACUAAACUACACAAAUUAAUUCUUUAUAUGUAUCUGUAACAUAAAACUUUUGUCAGCGACAUUUGUGGGUCCAGUGACCAAUAUGUUAAAGAACAAAGCGAUUUGACAUAAUGCUAUACCAAUGUUGUUACAUGAAGUAGUUCAGACAUUCCUUCACAGUAUGCGUGAGUGCCAUACGCCUUUUGUUGCUGUAUCAUUUUAACUAAAAAGGAGGAGCACACAGCCAACUUUUCCUUUAAAAAGGUUAUCCGGAAUUACAGAAUUGGAAAAACAGAGGUGAUAUAAAAAAAAAAAAUAAAAAAAAAACACCACUCCUGUCCUCAGGUUGGUUGAGUUAUUGCAGCCCAGUUCCAUUAAAGUAUAUGGAGCCAAGUUGUAAAACAACACACAACCUGAGGACAGGGGUGGUGCUGUUUUUGGAAGAAAUUUGCUCUGUUUUUGUUUUCCUGGAUAACCCCUUUUUAAGACAGUUUCUGUGUAUUGUUGCACACAAAUUUUUAUGAGUUAUAGAAACGUUGAAAAGCUCAUGCAACAGUUUCAGAAAUUGAUAAUAAAGCAAUAUAUGGCCCAUAACCACAUAUAAUAAAGUGAGCAUGGAAUGGUUAAAGGGGUACUCCGCUGCUCAGCGUUUGGAACAAACUGUUCCAAACGCUGGAGCAAGCGCCGGGAGCUUGUGAUGUCAUAGCCCCGCCCCCUUAUGCUGUCACGCUCCACCCCCUCAAUGCAAGUCUAUGGGAGGGGGCAUGACAGCCGUCACGCCCCCUCCUAUAGACUUGCAUUGAGGGGGUGGGGCGGGAUGUCAUGAGUGGGCGGGGCAGUGACUUCACGAGCUCCCGGCUCCAGCGUCCAGAACAGUUUGUUCCAAACGCUGAGCAGCGGAGUACCCCUUUAAGUCAUAUUUAUAGUGGGCCGAUUUCCUAGAAGUUUUUUUUUUUUUAGGAUUUAAAAGUGAAUUCUUCUGAGAAACCUCCCCUGUAGACAAUGAACAAAUAAGAAAACGAUAGUCCUGGGCUAGAGUAUAUGUGGGACUCACAAGUUCAUUAAAGUUACAGUAGAUGCCCUCAGAUAGCAGGGAAUGGAUGAUGGUAUUCGCACACGUGUUCCUUACUUGAGUGAUACCACUAAAAUUGAAUGGGAUAAAAUUGCAGGACAUAAGUUGCUUCUAAAGUUCUGCACUUCUCUGACUAGUAUUACAAAAUAGUCAUAGUUGACAUAUCUGAUACUAAGAAAAUAUUAUACAUUUUGGUUUAGCCUCCAAUAUGACUAAAGUUAAAAUUUUAUAUAAGCCACUUUGAUGCAAUGAAAUUUACAUAGGUUGUGCCUUACGUCAUGAGAUUCUAGUGACGCGCUCAUGUUUAUCCUGUAUGUACCUGUAUAUGAUGCCUUGCUCUAUACACAUGUAUUUCUAUAAACUCUAUGUGCAAUCUAAAGUUUUAUCUAUAUAACAAAAUGGUAUUGUAUGUGGGCAGUCAUGGCAAUGUAUGUAAUAUUUCUGCCUGUUCCAUGUUUAUACAAGCAUAUAUGUAUAUAUAUGUGUCGGAUUUAUAGAGGUACUGUAUACUAAACUUUAGUUUCCAAUGGGUUUUGCCAGAAACAAAUUGUUCCCCCUUCCAAAGUUAAAAGUAAAAGCUAAAUUCCAAAGCACAGUUAAAAUCUGGACCAAUAUUUCUUAUUACUGCUGCUUCUUUUCUAUCCUUUUAUUUUUAAUAAAAGCAAAUGUAACACUUU